ACAGUUCUCCCUUAUUUGAUAUCAGAGAGCCCAAUGGAGCCUUCUGAAGAACCUAGUCAGAUUAGCAAAGAUAACUUUUUAGAAGUUCCUAAUUUAUCUGAUUCUCUUUCUGAAGAUGAAGAAGUUAAAGCUACCUUCAAACCUGGUUUCUCCCCUCAACCUAGCAGACGAGGUUCGGAUUCGUCUGAAGACAUUUACCUGGAAAAUCCACCUUCAGGUGCAAGAAGAGUUUCAUUUGCUGACACCUUUGGAUUCAAUCUUGUGUCUGUUAAAGAAUUUGAUUGCUGGGAAUUACCGAGUGGUUCAACUGAUUUUGACUUAAGGAAGGACAUUUUCCACACAGAAGAAUAUGUUUUAUCUCCACUAUUUGACCUGCCUUCUUCAAAAGAAGAUCUUAUGCAACAACUUCAAGUACAGAAAGCGAUACUGGAGUCAACAGAGUAUCUUCCUGGGUCUACAAGUAUGAAGGGAAUUAUUCGAGUUUUGAAUAUUUCUUUUGAGAAGUUAGUAUAUGUGAGAAUGUCCUUAGAUGACUGGCAGACAUAUUAUGACAUAUUAGCAGAAUAUGUCCCAAAUUCAUGUGAUGGUGAAACUGACCAGUUCUCCUUUAAGAUUUUAUUGGUUCCUCCUUAUCAGAAAGAUGGCACUAAAGUUGAGUUUUGUAUACGUUAUGAAACUUCUGUUGGUACUUUUUGGUCAAAUAAUAAUGGCACAAAUUAUGUAUUGGUUUGUCAAAAGAAAGAACAAGAGCUGGAGCCUGUAAAACCACCGGAAGAAGUUCCUAAUAGACAAAUAAAAGGCUGCUUAAAGGUAAAAUCAAGUAAAGAAGAUUCAUCAGUAACGUCAGAUGAGAAUAAUUCUGAGAAUUCAAAGAUUACAGAUACCUAUAUCCCAACAAUUGUUUGCUCUCAUGAGGCCAAGGAAGACUUGGAAACCAGUGAUCAAAAUGUAAAAGAUGUAAACAGGGAACAUGAUGAACAUAAUGAAAAAGAAUUAGAGUUGAUGAUAAAUCAACGCUUAAUAAGAAGUACUGCUUCUGGAGAUGAAAAGAAUACAGUCAAUUUUCCAAAUAAAGCUGAGGGGUUAGAAAAGAAGCAAAUUCAUGAUGAAGUAUACACUGACUUGUUUAAAAGACCCUUGUCUUCAAGUUCAUCAGCAGAGAGAUCCUUAAAGGGAGAUUUUCACAGAAAUGAGUGUAGUCAUCAACCUUCAGAGGAAAUUACUCCCAUACUUACAGAUAUGGGAGAAAUCAAGCCAUCAUUUGGAAAUACUAGUAGUGAUGAAUUAGUGCAAUUACAUAUUGGAGGCAAAGAAGUACUGGAUGAUAAUGCUAAUCCAGCCCAAGGGAAAGGCAGAGUGCAAAUAUCUUGUCCGUCUGCAGAUCAAUUAAUGGCAGACAAUCUUAACAAAAAACUUGAAAGAGAAGCUAAAAAAAUUGAAACAAAAGAUUGGGAAUGUUUAAGAAGAGAUUUCCAUUCAGAUUUCCAUUCAGAAGAAUCGACAGAAAAAGGAUCUUCCAAGAAAGACUAUGGCAAUGGUAAGAAUAAGGAGGAGCAAAGAACACAUUUAGGUCUUAAUGAAAAACAAAGCAAACAUUUUCAACCAAUCUUACACGACCAAGAAAGGAAGAUGAGCCACUCUGAAAGUUUGGAAGGGGUGGGAGCUAGUACCAGAAACCUAACUGCUCUGCCGAGUAAAGACACCACAAUUCACGACCAGGCAAUCAGAGCAGAUACAGUCCUUCCACCAAGGACAAAUAUAAACUGGGAAGAAGCUGUGUUAACAACCCCAGACUGUGAUCUUUCGGCUAGCGGAAGCACUACUUUAGGAUGGAUGUCUGGUCGAGCUUGCUCACCAAGAACAAGAAGUGGAAAUGUUUCGAGGAAUGAGUAUCUCUUCCAAAUUGAAGAAGAAAAAUCAGAUUGGAUCGAUUCUGAAGAUCAGAAUAAGAACACACAGCAUAAACAAAGUUGGAAUGCUCCGGAAAGUCAAAGGAAAGGAAGAGAGAGUAAGACACAUAUAACAGAGGAGACCAAAGAGCAAGCAGACUGUGAAGACACGUGGGAAAAAAGAGACAGUACAGGAAGUUUGAAAGCUGCUCCUACAGAAGAAUUGUUUACCUUCCAGGAAGCAGUGAGCUGUGAACUGUCUUCUCUAGCUGAUCAUGGUAUUACUGAGAAAGCAGAAGCAGGUACAGCUUAUAUAAUUAAGACAACAUCAGAAAGUACUCUAGAAAGCAUGUCUGCUAGAGAAAAAGCGGUAAUUGCCAAGCUACCUCAAGAGACAGCACGAAGUGACAGGCCCAUCGAGGUAAAAGAAACAGCAUUUGAUCCACAUGAAGGGAGAAACGAUGAUUCACAUGAUACCCUUUGUCAACGAGAUUCAGCAGCUGUAAUCCAUGACAACAACUUUGAAAAGGAAUCACGUUUAGGUAUUUGUAAUGUACAUGCAGAUGAAACAGAGAAGGAAGAAACCACAUCAUACAAUCCCGGGAAGACACGUGACAGGAAGAAAUGUGGCGUUGCAAAUCCAUCUGUGGAAGAAUCCUCACAGGUCAUUACAGACAAUCAAAAGGCAGCCUCCAAACUAGAUUUACAUUUGGGAAUGUUACCAACAGACAAGAAAAUAUUUCUAGAAAAUAGAGAUCAUGGGCAGGUCCAAGAAUUAUCAAAGAAAACGAACAAAGAUGCCGUUCUUCAUUCUGCUUUAAAUUCAGACACUGAUAGGGCUUCUCAGGAUGACUCUCACAUUUCCAGUCACCAUGCUCAAACCUCAGUGCCAUCUCAUGAACAGGCAACUGCUGUAGAGAAUGCAGUUGCUGCUGCCAUGCCUCUCCAAUCUGUUUCUCCUAAAUCAGAAUAUAAUUGUAACCCAACAAGUGUAAUCCAGGGUAUGGAGAAGCACCCUCAUCCUGCAUCUCCAUCUGAAGAAGAUUCCAAAAGUUCAGGAAUAGAGACAUCAGGUAGCAGGAGGGAGAGAUGUACAGGCCAGAUUUUCCAGCAGGGAGAAUGUGGUGCGGAGACAUCUCUAGGGCCAACUAUUUUAAUCAGCGAAGCUUUUGAGAACAUAGAAGAGGCAAGGCAUGAGGAUGAAGGAUUAAUAAACUCUGGGCAAUCACUGUGCUCUCCAGGUGACAAGGCAUCUGAGAGCUCUGCCUCUGAUAGUCUCCCUGCCCAGGAAAGUCAAGCUCAAAGCAGUGAAUCUCUGCUUUCGAAAUACAUCAACUCUAAAGUACCUUAUUUCCUUUUGUUUCUGAUAUUUCUUGUGACCAUCUAUCAGUAUGACUUAAUGAUCGGCUUGGCAUUCUACCUUUUUUCAUUGUACUGGCUAUCCUGGGACGGGGGAAGACAAAAGGAGUCUGUCAAAAAGAAGUAACCUCGGCACUACUGUCCUUCUCUCUUAAAAGAUGAGCUAUUGGGCCCCAAACAUUUGGAUUGGUGAAAGAGACUAUUCAUUGUUCAAAGAGCCAGUGCAGUUUUCCUCUUGAAGGAUCAUUUAAAAAGGAAUGCGUAUGAAGUUUGCUCCUUCAUAUAAGUAAUUAUUCUAUAUAGGACCAUUAUGUUUGGAUCAUUAAAUACCUAUAUGAAUAUGAGAUCUGAAGCACGUCAAGUUGAAAUUAGGUACAGCUGUUGCUCCUUAGCAGGCUAUGAAGUUUCAAUGCUUCAUGUCUCUUCACUACUUAAAGUGCCAUUUCUUGCAUUCAAUUCUUUUGCAGUAAAGUUUCAUUUUUUUUUUUUCCCUGAGAGUAUUUUUUCCCUCUACGGUUUUUAAAAUAUCGAUAAAACAUGGACAAUGGCAGAGGACUUUUUUGGUCUUUUAAUAUUGACCAUGAAAUUUGCAUUUACCACUGUAUCAGCACGUUUUGAUAAAUCAAAUCUGUCAACUUUGAUUUCAUA